GCUCAGUUCAGUACCGUCGCGCGAGCAACGAUGGCUACGAAACAGUCAACAAAAUCUGCCUCCAAGUCGUCUUCGGGGGGCAGCGGGGCGGCAGGAGCCGCCGGCGGCGGGCCCCCGGUAAUGCCCCUCGCCUCUCCGCUUAUGGGGAAAAAGAAGAAGCCGUUCCUGGGGAUGCCCGCGCCGCUCGGAUACGUCCCCGGUCUCGGCAGAGGUGCAACUGGUUUCACCACCCGAUCGGAUAUCGGUCCUGCUCGUGAUGCCAACGAUCCGGUGGAUGACCGACAUGCACCCCCAGGGAAGAGAACAGUGGGUGACCAAAUGAAAAAGAACCAGGAUGACGACGAUGAAGAUCUGAACGACACAAACUACGAUGAGUUUAAUGGUUAUGCAGGUAGCUUGUUCUCCAGCGGACCCUAUGAGAAAGAUGAUGAAGAAGCUGAUGCUAUUUAUGCAGCCCUGGACAAGAGGAUGGAUGAGAGGCGCAAAGAAAGAAGAGAGUUGAGAGAAAAAGAAGAAAUUGAAAAAUAUCGUAUGGAGAGGCCCAAAAUCCAGCAGCAGUUUUCUGAUCUAAAGAGGAAGCUGGCCGAAGUGUCUGAGGAGGAGUGGCUGAGUAUUCCUGAAGUGGGAGACGCCAGGAACAAGCGGCAGAGGAAUCCCCGCUACGAGAAGCUCACCCCUGUUCCCGACAGCUUCUUCUCCAAACACCUGCAGACAGGAGAGAACCACACCACCGUGGACCCUCUGCAGGGGCUGGGAGGCCUGAACACGCCCUACCCCGGAAGCAUGACCCCUGGUCUGAUGACACCCGGGACAGGAGAGCUGGACAUGAGGAAGAUUGGUCAAGCCAGAAACACACUCAUGGACAUGCGCCUCAGUCAGGUGUCUGAUUCAGUGAGCGGACAGACUGUGGUGGAUCCCAAGGGUUACUUGACAGAUCUCAACUCCAUGAUCCCCACCCAUGGCGGAGACAUCAGUGACAUUAAGAAAGCCCGUCUGCUGCUGAAAUCAGUGCGGGAAACCAAUCCCCAUCACCCACCUGCUUGGAUUGCGUCGGCCCGUCUGGAGGAGGUGACGGGAAAACUGCAAGUGGCCAGAAACCUCAUCAUGAAAGGCACAGAGAUGUGUCCUAAGAGUGAGGAUGUUUGGUUGGAGGCAGCCCGGCUGCAGCCAGGUGACACAGCGAAAGCCGUGGUGGCUCAGGCCGUUCGUCACCUGCCACAGUCGGUUCGCAUCUACAUUCGAGCCGCAGAGCUGGAGACAGACGUCAGAGCCAAGAAGCGAGUCCUCAGGAAAGCCCUGGAGAACGUCUCCAAGUCCGUUCGACUGUGGAAGACGGCGGUCGAGCUGGAGGAGCCGGAGGAUGCCAGGAUCAUGCUGAGCAGGGCGGUGGAGUGUUGCCCCACGAGCGUGGAGCUGUGGUUGGCGCUGGCCAGGCUGGAGACAUACGAGAACGCCCGCCGCGUCCUGAACAAGGCCCGAGAGAAUAUCCCCACCGACCGCCACAUCUGGAUCACCGCCGCCAAGCUGGAGGAGGCCAACGGCAACACCCAGAUGGUGGACAAGAUCAUAGACAGAGCAAUCACCUCUCUACGAGCCAACGGCGUGGAGAUCAACAGAGAGCAGUGGAUUCAGGAUGCAGAGGAAUGUGACAAAGCUGGCAGUGUUGCGACCUGCCAGGCCGUCAUCAGAGCCGUCAUCGGUAUUGGUAUUGAGGAGGAGGACCGCAAACACACCUGGAUGGAGGAUUCAGACAGUUGCGUGGCCCACGGAGCGCUGGAGUGUGCCAGGGCCAUCUACGCUCACGCCCUGCAGGUAUUCCCAAGCAAGAAGAGUGUCUGGCUGAGAGCGGCGUACUUUGAGAAGAACCACGGCACCAGAGAGUCUCUAGAGGCCCUGCUCCAGAGGGCAGUGGCUCACUGUCCCAAAGCAGAGGUCCUCUGGCUGAUGGGCGCCAAGUCCAAGUGGCUCGCCGAGGACGUGCCAGCCGCUCGCAGUAUCCUCGCCCUGGCCUUCCAGGCGAACCCCAACAGUGAAGAGAUCUGGCUUGCCGCUGUCAAACUGGAGUCUGAAAAUAACGAAUACGAGCGAGCCCGUCGACUGCUGGCCAAAGCCCGCAGCAGUGCGCCGACAGCCCGGGUAUUUAUGAAGUCGGUGAAGUUGGAGUGGGUUCUGGGAAACAUCGAAGCCGGCCAGGACCUGUGCACCGAAGCCCUGAAGCACUACGAGGACUUCCCCAAGCUGUGGAUGAUGCGAGGCCAGAUCGAGGAGCAGUGUGAGAACAUGGACAAGGCCAGAGAGGCGUAUAACCAAGGGUUGAAAAAGUGCCCCCACUCGGUGGCUCUGUGGCUGCUGCUGUCUCGGCUUGAAGAGAGAGUUGGGCAGCUGACCAGAGCCAGAGCCAUCCUGGAGAAGGCUCGACUCAAAAACCCCCAGAGUCCUGAGCUGUGGCUGGAGUCCGUCAGACUGGAGUUUCGGGCCGGACUGAAAAACAUUUCAAACACACUGAUGGCCAAAGCUCUGCAGGAGUGUCCAAAUUCAGGCAUCCUGUGGGCAGAGGCCGUGUUUUUGGAGGCCAGGCCUCAGAGGAAGACCAAAAGCGUGGACGCUCUGAAGAAGUGCGAACAUGAUCCACAUGUGCUGCUCGCCGUGGCCAAGCUGUUCUGGAGCGAACGCAAGAUCACCAAAGCCAGGGAGUGGUUCCUCCGGACGGUGAAGAUCGAGCCGGACCUGGGAGACGCCUGGGCGCUCUUCUAUAAGUUCGAGCUGCAGCAUGGCACAGAGGAGCAGCAGAACGAGGUGAGGAAGCGCUGCGAGAACGCCGAGCCGCGUCACGGAGAGCUGUGGUGCGCCGAGUCCAAACACGUCCUCAACUGGCAGAAGAAGACGGGAGAGAUCCUGAUGCAGGUAGCCAGCAAGAUCAAAAACACUUUCUAAGACCGGAGCGCUGGACUGAAUUCACCCGGAGCGGCCGCCGAUCCGGCAGGGAGCAGCUGAGGACACGCGGGUUAAACGGGGCCGUCUCCGUCUUCACACCGUCCCCAAAGCAGGAGAAUUCCAGCAAAUAAAUAACUUCAUGUCAAAGUGAAAGUAGAUCCCAGCUCAUUUAAUAGAUGAAAACCUGCUGUUAGUAUCAGCGUGGAGAGUUUUCUUCUCCUUCAGCUGCACUUCUGACUGUUCCCAUUGUUUGUCUCUGCGAGCAUUUAGAAAAAUCUUCUCAGAUUUUACCCACACGGCUUCACGACUUUGUUUUUCUGCUAAUGUGGAUUUGUUUAACUUCUUCAUGGCCCCACAUGUCGAUUCUGCCUCCCAAAAACUGCUUUUCUUUCUUUAAUUCUCUCAGCGCUCUGUUAUUCAUCUAGACGACACGAUCAUUAAAUGUAAAAACAGAACGGCUGGUGAAUUGACGGCCUGUUUUAUUAACGUCUGAAUUAGUUUUAAUGUGUGUUACUCAAACACGCCAUGCGUCAUCUCACCCUGCUGGCCAGUGGGUUUUUAAGAGUUACUCCAGAGCAGAAACGGAAUGAUCAGAAAAGUUUGGAAGAAAUAUUCCGAAGGGACUGACGUCACAUAACCUGCAGUCAUUUAUCAGGUUUCUUCUUGUAAAAGUUUGAAGUGUUUGAGUCCAGAUCUGUGGACCACUUUCAUUUAGACAUCAUGUCGUGUGAUUUACUUGGUAGAGAAAGUUUAAUUUCAUGGUCCGUUUGUUUACUCACUUGGUGAAGUUUCCAUUUUGUUUGAACUGACCGCCUCAGCUGUCGGUCUGUUCGCUGUUUUCAUCCAGAAAAUGAACAUUGAAAGAUCAAUUUUUCCCGUUUUGACCCAUGUCAGAGCUCCAGGUUUGGCUUUGUUCAGUGUGAUAAUGUAAAUAAACUCUUCGUCAUGUGAUUUCUCAUGUUGUAGUGGUGGUUCUCCUGUUUUUUACGUCUGCUGUAGCCAAAAUAAACAAGAGGUUUAAUUUUU